GAAGCGGACACGUGGGGUGUUGCGUUGGCGGAAACAUGGCGGGCCUGGAGCUGCUGUCUGAUCAGGGAUACCGAAUAGAUGGAAGAAAAGCUACCGAGUUGCGGAAGGUUCAAGCCCGCAUGGGUGUGUUCGCUCAGGCUGACGGCUCUGCGUAUUUAGAGCAGGGAAACACGAAGGCUCUGGCUGUGGUUUACGGUCCACAUGAAAUUCGAGGUUCACGCAGUCGGACUCGUCACGAUCGGGCUGUUAUCAACUGUCAGUACAGCAUGGCCACGUUCAGUACAGCAGAGAGGAAGAGGAGGCCACAUGGAGACCGCAAGUCCACUGAGAUGAGCCUUCACCUGAAGCAGACGUUUGAAGCUGCUGUGAUGACCCAGCUGUACCCACGCUCUCAAAUAGACAUCUAUGUCAAGAUUCUGCAGUCAGAUGGAGGGAACUACAGCGUGUGUGUGAAUGCUGCCACUCUGGCGGUGAUUGACGCCGGCAUCCCCAUGCGGGACUACGUGUGUGCCUGCACGGUCGGGUUUGUGGAUGAGACACCCCUUGCUGACCUUUCUUAUGCAGAGGAAAGUGGAGGAGUGAGCUCUCUUGCUUUAGCACUGCUGCCGCGGGGCGGACAGAUCGCUCUGCUACAGAUGGAUGCCAGACUACAUCAGGACCACUUAGAGGCUCUGAUCGAAGCUGCUAUGACAGCUUGUAAAGGUGUGAGCAAGGUGCUGGAUGAGGUGGUUCGACAACAUCUCCAAGAAGUUUCUGUGCUCUCCAGAGAGUGAAGCAGGGACAAAAGCUGAACAUCUAGAUAGGUUAUGGUUGCAGACUGGAACCUGUUAUUGGACUUAAUGGAGAGGAAUGAUGGGAGCAAUUAAUCUUUUUUAUGUGUUCAUGGAAAUUCUGCUUUUGUACAGUUUAUAUGUGGUGAAGCUAAUAAUAAAUAUGCUAGUCCAGCAUCA